CUCCCUGUUUCUCUCUCCGCAAAUCUGCAAUUCUCCAAUCAAGAGUCCAUGCUCCAGGCGGCCAGGCCCAAUCCCAAAAGCAAACGGGAUGGAGGACGCGACGGAGAAGAAACCCCGAACCGCCGCCGGCGGGCGGCCAGGCCCAAUCCCAGAAACAAACGGGAUGGAGGACUAGACGGAGAAGAAACCCCGAACCGCCGCCGGCGGGCGGCCAGGCCCAAUCCCAGAAGCAAACGGGAUGGAGGACUCGACGGAGAAGAAACCCCGAACCGCCGUCGCCGCCGGCGACAGCGGUGACCGCAGCGGCGGAGAUCCCUCCGGCAGUGCUGAAGUCGGAGGCCUGGUCAACCGGCUCCCCGAGGCGCUCCUGGUGGAGGUGCUCGGCCGUCUCGACGUCGAAGACGCCUGCUCUGCCGCCGCGUCCUGCCGCGCUCUCCACGCCACUGCCAACGCCGCCAUAUCCGCCGUCACCGCCAUCGACCUCUCUGCGUUUGCUCCGUCGAACGCGAUCCUAAGCAGGAUUCUCGCGGGGAACCGCGCGGUACGCAGCCUCGCCGUGAAUUGCAGCCUCCUCGACGACUCCGCAGCUUCGGCCAUCGCGAAGGGUAGCCUGUGCGAGCUCUCGCUGCUCAAGUGCUCGUUCUCGAAGGAUUUCUUCAUGGCUAUUGGUGAGAGAUGCCGCAAUUUAAGGUCAUUAAAGCUGGAGAUGGAUGUUUCUCCAGUCAUUUUAGAUUCUCGUUACUCUGGAUUCGGCUGUACUUUCCUAGCACCAAUCUACACGGGAUGUGGUUACUUGGAGACUCUUUGGGUGAAGUUCCCUCUGCUAGAUCCACACACCGUUGAUUACGAGACUGGGUUGCCUUUUGUUCCUAAUACCAUCAAGGAUCUGUUGCUGCAACCUGUCUCUCAUUCGCGGGCAAAGACAGUCUUCCCUAUAACCGCAUCUCUGAAGACGCACAUCACUGACAGUUUGGAAUCACUCUCAUUAGUUCUUGACACAAUAACAGAUGAACUUGUUGUCUUGAUCACCAGAAAUGUCCGAAACUUAGUUGAGCUGUGCCUGGAAGAUGAACCUGUUAGCCAACCAUAUUUGCCCGACGAUUUGACCAAUAUCGGGCUCCAAGCCCUUGGCUUAAGCCACAACUUGAGACAUUUGUCUCUUACACGUCGUUACUCCGACUUUAGAAGGGUAAACGACUUUGGGAUAUUGAUGCUUGCUGAAGGAUGCAAGCAACUCAGAACCAUUAGACUUGGUGGGUUUUCUAAAGUAAGCGAUGCAGGGUAUGCAGCCCUUCUUCACUCCGGCAAGGACCUGAAGAAAUUUGAGGUCAGUAAUGGUUUGUGCUUGUCAGACUUGGCAUGCCUUGAUCUUGAUAAGGCAGCUCCAAAUAUUACAGAAGUGAGGUUGCUUAGCUGUGCUCUCCUAACCAGUGAAACAGCCAUAUCUCUCGCAUCCUGCACCAAGUUAAAGGUUCUUGAUCUUUCGGGUUGCAAGAGCAUUGCAGACUCCGGCUUGGUUUCCAUCUCACAGCUUUCCGAGCUAACUCUACUGGAUCUUGCGGGGGCUGACAUUACUGAUGCCGGUUUAUCAGCGCUCGGUAACAAGAGGUGCCCAAUAUCUUCUUUGUGCUUGAGAGGGUGCAAAAGGAUCAGCAGUAAUGGAAUAGCUUCAUUGUUGUGCGGUACUGGCACCAUCAAGAAGACUUUAGUCUCAUUUGACCUCGGGAAUGUACCAAGAAUAUCAGGUAGAGCUGUGACAGUGAUCGCCAAGAACUGUGAGCAGAUAAGCAACCUGUCUCUGCGGAACUGCCUCCUCAUAACUGAUUCAUCUCUCGAGAUGCUAGGUUCAAUGCGCCCUGACACUGGCAAAUGUUCUGUGAGAAUGCUUGAUCUCGCCUACUGUAGUAGGCUGUCUCGUAACUUCCUGAGGCACUUUGAGGCUCCAUUGUUUCGAGGACUACGGUGGCUUGGUGUUGGGAAGAAUGUGGUAGAACGUCGUGGCUGCAGGCCGACCAUUGCUCAACUCCUGGAGCGAAAGCCAGGAUUAACAAUCUGUGGCAAUGCCUGCGAGAUGGGCUGCAGGAACAAGUUCCAUCCCGACAUUCGUACUCUUCAGUAGAUGUGUUGUUGUUGCCGUUCGAGUGUUGAUGUUGUAGUGCCCUGUUCCAUUGUGUAACCAAGUAGAACUAGUAGUAUCUGUUGACCUGCGAUCGCUUUAUCCCAAAAUGAAACUGUUAUCUGUUGACCUGUGGGUGAUUGCAGUAAAGAACUAUUCCUAGGACCAUUUGGUUGUUUCUCGUGUCGCAAUGUCAGUGAGCUUGUUAAGUGGCAUUGGAGCAUUUUUAGGGUUCGAAUAAAGCAAUAUUGGUUUUGCCA